UCACAAUGUCGCUUGGGGCCCCAAUGUGGCCAGGGGCGGCCCUGGGUUUAUCUGUUAAUCUGUUUUGGGAUGUUGCUCAUGUAUGUUAGGCAUGCUAUUCUACUGUGUCUCUCUUCAUAAACCAUUGCAUUUUGUGUAGGUGUUUGUAAGUUGUUGUAUUUUGUAUUUGGUGCUGCUAUCUAGGCCAGAACACUUUUGUAACAGAAACUUGUAUCUGAUGUUAAGUGAGGCCCUUACAAAAAAAAUUAAAACAGUUACAAUUUAAUAACAUAUUUCUGGAUGUCUAGGAUUUUACAGGAAUAUGGAUGUUCAAAUACAGUUAUCUGACAUAUCUGAUCAAUGUUGAAGUAACAUGGCUUAGAGACUGGCGUUAACCAGACUGAAAGUAAGGCACAUUAAUAUUUCGUUUUUGUUGUUUCCUACAACCUUUGGACAAAUAUUUCAUAUAGUUGCACUUAGAUAAAGCCAAUUAAUGUUAAAAUAAAGAUUUCAGAGUCACAUUUAAACAUUUAGGCAUUCAUCUGAACCUGUUAAAAUAGGUGCAAACCAUCCCUGUAUCCAUACAACAGUGACAGUAAGAACAGCAGAUCUUCAGCAGCGUUCACCCUGUGCACUACAGUCCCACAGGAAAAGGCCAUGGGAAUCAGGGGAAGGUUGUAGAGGGAAUUGGGAAACGCGCGUGUGCUGCCAGGUGGAGGCGGUGUCGCUCCUCCUCUCCCCUGCUCUGCUCUGCUCGGUCAGAGAGCUUUCAGUCUGCUGGGUGAGAUCAUUACCAGACACCAGGCUCCGGGACCUGACAUUCGCCGAUCGGAAAAGCAGAGAGAGGGAGAGACAGAAAACCCUGAUCCGAUGCAACCGGCGAGGGAAAGCGAGUUCAACUACCGCCUCGGCGCCUCAGUCUCUGGUACUAGCGGCUGAUUACGCGGUCUUGUGGCUGACAUUUUCCCGCUGGAUUUGGGCUUGUAGUCGGAUGCGGGCUUGUUUUGACUGCAGUAAUAGUCCUGCUCGCCCCCCUCCUCCCCUACCGACCGAGUAGCGGAUUUGCGAGGGAUCUCUGUGCAGCUCCCCGAGUGACCGGCGAUCCUGCACGGCCCGGAGCGUGUCUCUGCACCGCUGCCCAACACACGCGUCUAUCCGCCUCAGAAAGAUCUUAUUUCUGUCAGGAAUUGGACAUAAGCGCCAAGUUUCCGCUUGGAUUUCCCCCCCUCCUGUGCCUACCUUGCUCCUGUCAUCAGAUCGGCUGCAAAUCCUAUUUUCGCUUUUUUUUCCCUUUUCCAAGCACCGUUGACGCCAUUUUCCUCGGGGUUUUCUGUCAAAAAACAUAUAUUCUGGCACCGUUUGACAGCUCCCCGGGAGGCUGUCAUCCCAUCCGUCGCUUGUGUAAAAUGUGUCUAAAUGGAUUGUAAAUGAUCUUGAUAAAAUAUUUACACGAUAGAGUCGAGUGUGUGACAACAUUAGAAAUGGACUGUCCCUGGCUUUGCCGUGUUCCUGUGGGACACCCAACCCAACCCCAGUAGCUGAUUGACAACAACUCACCAGCCCGACAGACUACUGUUCUUAUCUUCCUAUUGGCUGGCUGCCACAGCUUCCCCCAUCCUGACCUGGCUCUGGCGGGAGCGUGGAUGGAGCCAAGGGAUCUGGUUGGCUCGGCCCGACCCAAAGAGGCGGAGUUACAGGGAGGCAGGGUGGGGCCCAAUGAAGCGGCUCGGGAAGGAGCAGGGGGCAUCGGUUUGGCGCGUGGUGAUGAUGUGAUUAAUGGUGCCAUCAGCGAAGGGGAGGGGCUAGAGGAGCAGGUGGAGGCGCUUCUGGAGGAGCAGGAGUUCUCCAUCAAGGAAGCAAGUUUCCAGGAAGGAAGUCUAAAGCUGAAGAUUCAGACCACAAAGCGCACCAAGAAGCCCCCCAAGAACCUUGAGAACUACAUUUGCCCACCGGAGAUCAGGAUGACCAUCAGACCUCCGGUUGGAGAGGGCAAAGGGGGGCGGCAGGGACGGACAGGAAGCGGGGCAGGGCGGGGCCAGAAAGACGACGAGAGAGGACCGCCCAGAAAAAGGCAGAUGGCAGCGUGGGGCAGCAGCAGCGGCAGCAGCAGAGCAGAAGCCAGAGU